AUCCUUAUUCCUUUGUGUCAAGUUGCCAAAAUAGAAGAAAAAAAAAUAAAAGAAUGUUAGGUUAUGUUUUUAUUUCUACGUUUAAAACUGUGUAUAAAAUACGAAUUACGUAAAUUAAUUACGUAAAUAUUCAAUAUAUAAACACAAAAUAAGUUAUUUUAUUUAAACGGAUCCAUAUGUGGUGUUUAUUUUGAACAUAUUCAAUAUGUUUUUACUAAAGAAUGUUUCGCAAUUUUUUUCUAGAAAUUUUGUUAAAAACAAGGUAUUUCGUAAUCCAAAUGACCUAAACAAGUGUUUUAGUACUAGUGCGUUACUUCGUCUAAAGAUGUUUGCUGAAAAUGAAAACAAAUUUGCAUACAGUUUAAUGGAAAAGUAUGGAUAUGUUCCAGAUCUUACUCCAGGAUUUACAAAUGAUUUUUCAAAAACUAAAGCUACCUUUGAAACCACUUCAUUGGAUAACUGUUGUAAAGAAACACCUCAAAGAAUAUUUCACUGUUUUGAAGACUUAGCCAAAUAUUGCAAUGAAAAUAAUAUUAGCAUUUCAGACACAAAGUUUGAUAAUUUCAUAGACACCCUAACUGACAACAUUAAAUAUGCAACCAAUGAAGAACUCAAGACCCUUUUCUUUACUCUUGCGAGAUUCCCACCAACUGAGUCAAUACGAACAAGGAAUUUUAUUGAAGUUUGGGCAGCCCUAGACGAUGAAUGUCUUAAGAGAUAUCAUACAAUGGAUUUCGAUGACGUCCUGUCUCAUUUAUCGUUAUUUUAUUUACUCAGUGUAUUAAGGUAUAGCGAUUUUUGUAGUAAAAGCUUAAUAAGACUUGCUUCCAAAAGUAAAAAACUAAACAAAGCUCAAGUAGUACAGGUAAUGUUUUAUGUAGGAGUGCGAAGAAAUGCCCCUCAUGACAUGUAUAAUCUAGAAGUUUUUAUAGAAGAAAAUUUUGCACAAUUCAAUAUUGACGAACUGGCCAUAAUUUCUAUGGGAUUUUUCAAGAGUAAAACACCAAUACGCAGCAUGGACUUAAUUGUUAAUAUUAUAAACAAAGUCAUGGUUGAAGCAGACAAAGUACAUGAAGUAUCAUUAGCUGCUCUAUUAAAAGUUAUCCGUUAUUCAAUGAAAAUACGUGUUGAUAAUAAAAUAAAUGAUUUAUUGGACUGUCUGCAGCAUCAAUUACCAAGAUUAUCCAUAAUGUGUAAUGUACAUGUAGCAUUAUUGGGUACUGCUACAUUAACCCUACAUGAAAAUUGCUUGUUUAAAAUAUCAGAAACAGUUUUACAUAAUAUGACCAAUACUAGAGUUAAAGAUUUGGAAAGGUUAGUAUUAACUUAUGGCACAUUCAACUAUGUUCCAAAAACGAAAGAGUGCUUUUUCACUAAGGUUAUAGAGGAAUUGAAUAAAGAAAGUAGAUCUGAUGAGAUUAAUAAACAUGGUGCUUCUUUUGCUAACUGUGUUGCAUACUUGAAUUUAUUAGACUUACGCCCAAAAAGUUUAAUACAGAAAGUUUUAAAUAAAGAAUUUUUGAUGAAGGCUUAUGGAAAACAUUGUUUUUUAUAUGGAAGAGAAGUUUUAACGAUCCAUAACAUAUCAAAAAUAUAUUUUAAAGAAAAUGAAAUUGUGAGUCCACUAAGUGAUAAAGAAGUAGCCAUUAUGUCCAAAAAGUACACAGAUUUUGUUCCAAAUGAAAAUUAUAAAAUGCAGUACAAUGCAACAGAGAAGAUGUUUUUAGAUGUUAAAAGAACUCUUCGAGAAAUUCGUGGGGGUGCCAGUUUUGUCACUGGGAAUCAUAUUUUUACUCAUCAUCAAAGAGGAGAUAUAAUUAUUUGUAAUGAUAAACAUGGAGUACCAUUACCAGUUGAGGACAUCUUUCCAAAAACCAAAUUUGGAAUGAUCCGGUAUCCUCCUGAUGAUAAUAUCUGGAUUGUUCUCAUAAUAGCUGGAAGAAAUGCCAUGAUACACAAUUCUGGAGGUCCAACUGGGCAUUUUUUAACAAAACAAAGAGAACUUAACAAAUUAGGAUAUUGUGCUGCAGUAGUAAGCUGGCAUAUCUAUGAUGAAUGUAACAAGAAUGAUAAAACUAAAUAUUUAAACUCCUUAAUAGAAGAAUCAUUAAAUUUUAAAAAUCCGGGCACUCUAGCGGCGCUGUAUGCCGAUGACACGGCGUACUUCGCCUCCUCCCUCACGGUAGAUCAUGCGGCCAUCAAGAUCCAGAGGACGCUGGACCUCCUCCCAGACUGGCUGAGCAAAUGGCGACUGGCUGUCAAUGCCGCCAAGUCCCAAGCGCUCGCCGGCACCAGGAAUCGAGGUUUCCCGGCCCCCCUGAAGAUCGGUGACGCCGAGAUCCCGUGGGGUAGAACGGCGAAAUAUCUGGGGAUGAUCAUUGACCGGUCCCUCUCCAUGUCAGCCCAGUGCCAGGCAGCGGUGAACGGUGCCAAGGCAGCGGUAGCCCAGCUGCACCCGGCCUACUCAUCACCGCAGAUCCCGCUCAACAUGCGCAUAGCGCUUUAUAAAUUAUAUGUCCGCAGCCGCCUCACGUACGCAGCCCCAGCGUGGCACCAUCUGCUCUCUGACUCGCACAAGCGAACGCUUCAGAGAGUGCAGAACAAGGUGCUACGCCGAAUCGCCGGAGCGCCGUGGUACGUGAGGAACGACACCAUCGCGAGAGAUCUGCGCGUGGAGAGCGUUGAGGCGUUCGUAGCCCAACUCUCCAAGAGUCUUUUCGCGCGAGCGGACGCCUCGCGCCUACCUGAGUUGGCCAACCUGGCGCCGUGGCAUGCACGGCCGCCGGACAGACACCGACUCCCCCGUGACGCCGUCCCAGAGGACACCGCGGAACAUCCGCCCCCCAAUCACUGA